AUGUUAACAAUACAUAAACAACAAACUCGCACAGCCGAGGAGGAGAGCGAAGAAAGAAAGGUCGGAAAGGGCACAAUGCGUUUCACAGAUUCACCAGUGAUCGAUCUCACAGUCAACAACUCAAAGCUUUCCUUUCACCAAGACAAUGGCUCAAUGCACGUCGGAACCACCGUCUGGCCUUGUUCACUCGUCCUCGUCAAAUUCGCCGAGCGGUGGCUCUCUUCCACUUCCACCACCGACAACCCCUACGCAACACUUCUUCACUUCCACAACAAACGCGCCGUUGAACUCGGCACCGGUUGCGGUGUAGCCGCCAUGGGCCUGUACCUUCUCGGCCUCAAAGACGUCGUCCUGACCGACAUCGCACCCGUCAUGCCGGCACUGAAACACAAUUUGAAACGCAACAAGCCUGUGUUAGAGGAAUCGGUAGCGCCGCUACUGGCGGCGACGGAGUCGUUGGUUAGUGAUACAGGGGUGGUUCUUUUAGGGUAUCAAUGCCACAUGAUCAUCUACACCCAGAAUAUGCGUAUGAAGAGAGUGAUGUGUAUAUCCUGCGAAAGAAGCUGUAAAAUCCACACUAUAAGGUGA